AUGGGACUGGAAAACCUCAAGCAAACAACGCCCAGUUAUCCAAAAAACAAGCGCACGAGGAUCAGAAAGCAAAUCUCCCAUCGCCGUCUGUCUCCAUACCCCACCCUGACAAAAGGAAGAGAAGCGGCGGGACCCACGGCGGCGGCCGGGGCUAGGCGCGAUAGCGGCACUCGAGAUGUUUACCGCGACUUCGAGCCCCGGAGCCACGCGGGCGGCGCGGUGCCCUUCUCUUCCCUUCCCUUCCCCGCCUCUCGCCCCUGCACCUCCCUAGGCCGCUUCUCGCCCUCCAGCGCGGCAUCCCCCCCCCCCGACCCCCGCCCCGCAGGUGGAGCGCGCCCACCGCGACCCCCGGAGAGAAGGAGGGAGGGCAGGAGGGAGGGAAAGAGCGAGCCGGAGCCGGACCCGCCGCCGCGGCGCCGCCGCUCAGCCCCCGCGCAGUCCCCGCGGCGCCGCUCCGCUCCGCGCCGUGCCCUGCCCGGCCGCCGGCGCAAGGUCACCGCUCCGGCCGCCGGCCAGGGGACCGGCCGCGGCUGGAAAGCCCCUACCUGGCAGCGCCGCCGCCACUAUGGCGGGCCGCGCCGGGCCACGCCGCCGCUCGGCACUUCCCACCUCCCGCCGCCGGCGGAGCUGCGGCCGCCUCCCGCCUCCUCCUCCCCGGGUCCCGGCGGCGGCCCCCGGGCCCCGCUUACCGCGGCUCGGGGAGAAGCGGCGGCCGCCGCCGGGGAGCUGUGCCCGCGCCGCUCCCGCCGCUGCUGCUGCUGCCGCUGCCGCCGCGGCUGCAACAAAGGACUUCCGCCCCGCCGCGCUGCCGCUGCCGCAGCGCCGGCUCCGCCGCGACCGCACGGAGCCGGACCCCUCCCCUCGGCGGCCGCGGCUCCCGGCGCCGCCGCUGCCAGCGCUGCUGCGCCGCCGCCAAUGCCGGGGCCCGGCGGGCGGCUCCCUGCCGCGCUCCGCUCUCCUCCCAUGCCGCCGGGGACGCGGCGCGGCGCGGGCUGGCGCUGCCGGAGCCCCCUCAGCCCGGCUCCUCCCCGUCCUCCGGCGGAGCCCCCCGGACCCGCGGCGGGGCAGCGUUCGCCGGAGGGCGCCCACCGGGACCCCUCGGCCGGGCUGUCCCGCCUCGCUGCUCUCCCGGCCCCCGCAGUCCGCCCCUUCCCCGCGCACCCGGGCUCGCCGCAGGGAACGGGGAGUCUCUGCUUUCCCCCCGAAGAAGCCGUGGCCGGUGCUAACGGGGAGGCUCCGGUCACCCGUGUGGGUGGCCGGCGAUGGAGUGUUGUACCGCAGCCCCACGGCCCCCGCGUGGGACAGUUCAACUGCGAGAAAACCACUGCAAGCUGCGUGAGGAAGUAUUUCCUUCUCGCUGCAAUUUCACACGUUAAUACCUCCGCCCUCCCUCCUGGAGCUUCACGGUGA